AUAAUUAUGUAUCCCAAAGGAAAUCGUUGACAGACUGCAAAUUAUUUAACCCAAUAACCCAAGAAAGGGGUGUGAUCGUCUGAUCGAGCUCCUCGAAAAGAAGGAUUUUUGUUGAUAGACUGCAUCCCCCGUCCUCAUACAGCCCCGGAUACAGCUAGCUAGCCUUGCCCGCUAUGAUAUUGCGCGCGCCAGUACAAAUAUACCGGUACGCGGUACGAUGUUUACAUUUUUGCAUUCAGCAAUCGGACGUGGAAAAAAAGGCCUGUUACGGUACUGCACUGGCGCCGCGCCGGGAUUUGGUGGGACUGAGCGAGCAAGCGCGGGCACGAGUCGAGUCGACAGUCUAGAGUGAUAGCUGAGCCAGCCCGAGCUGAGUCAGCUAGCUGUACUGUAAGUUUAAGCUGUUUGUAAUAUUGGACUUUGGAGGAGUCUUGGUCAGAAAGUAGUGCUAUAAGUUCAUGACAGCACUGCAAUCAGCAAUGCAAAGCUGACUUGAUGAUGACAACGAGAGCUAGAUCGACUAAUUGAGUGGUGUUACUGACUAUUCUAACUCACUUGCUGCACUGGAAAUCACAUUAUGGCUCCUCAACCUUCCCCUCCUCCUCCAGAUGGAAAAUUCAUACCAAAAGCUGCUAGCCUAGUUCAAAUGAAAAAGUCAAGUUCAUCAUCUGUAUUUCAAACCCAAGAUGUGACAGAGACAAUAGUCCUUGUUAUUUAUGUUGGUGGAACGAUUGGAAUGAAGAAAGUGGAUGGAGUAUACAUACCUGUAAGGAAUUACAUGGGAAAAGUGAUACGAAGCAUGCCCAUGCUUUAUGAUGCUGAAUAUGCCAAGGAAGUUGGUCUCGAUAAAGAAGACAAAAAUACUUUUGUCCUUCCAGUAUCCAAAGACCGCCGAGUGUUCUACCAUCUGAAGGAGUAUGUAAACUUAAAAGACUCAAGCAAUGUCAAUGUCAAUGAUUGGUUGGACAUGGUGGAGAACAUCCGAGAGAAUUACCGUCUCUACGAUGGCUUUGUGAUCAUCCAUGGUACAGAUACCAUGGCGUAUACUGCAUCAGCAUUGUCCUUUAUGCUGGAGAAUCUAGGCAAACCAGUCAUUUUUACCGGAUCUCAAGUACCACUCUCUGAACUACGCAGUGAUGGAAGGGAUAACUUUCUUGGUGCUGUAUACGUUGCUGGACAUUACGUCAUACCAGAGGUGGCGCUGUACUUCAAUAAUAAGCUGUAUCGAGGCAACAGAUGCGUGAAGAUAUCGAGUGAAAGUUUUAAAGCUUUUGAUUCUCCAAAUCUAGCUCCCCUUCUUACUAUGGCUGUUGAUAUUACAGUGAAUUGGGCGAGUAUAUUCAGAGCCAAUACAGUGGAAGCAUUUAGAGUGAAUACCAAUAUGACGAGGAAUGUAGGACUUCUCAGGCUAUUUCCCAGUAUAACUUCUGAAACAGUAAGAGCUUUCCUGCAGCCUCCGAUGGAAGGUAUUGUUCUUCAGACGUAUGGUGCAGGGAACUGUCCUGAUGAUCGUAGAGAUAUCAUAGCAGAGAUACAAGCAGCAGCAAACAGGGGAAUGAUCAUCCUUAACUGUACUCAGUGCUCCAGCGGUGGUGUAUCAGCAUCUUAUCAAACAGGAAAGGUGCUGUUAGAUGCUGGAGUGAUACCUGGAUCUGACAUUACCCCUGAAGCGGCUCUCAGUAAACUUAGUUUCAUCCUUGGACAACCUGACCUUUCACCGGAAGAGAAGAGAAAACAACUCAAACGUAAUCUUAGAGGAGAGAUAUCAGUAUCUAUGGCUCAAGACAGAUCAUUUACAUUUGAGAACAGUGAAUUCAUUAGAGCGGUGGUAGAUACAUUGAGGAUUGGUAGCAGCAAAGAAAUUCAAGCUGUGAGCGACACACUGUUCCCACCCUUAUUGUGUGCUGCAGCAAGAAAUGGAGAUCUAAAUGCAAUCAAACACAUGCAGAAGGCUGGUGCCAACUUAUCCGGAGCAGACUAUGACGGUCGUACAGCCCUUCAUCUAGCAGCCAGUGAAGGUCAUACAGAAGUCGUUAGGUUCCUCCUUGAGAACGGAUGUCCUAUAUAUGCCCUAGAUAGAUUUGGCAAUACACCCUUCAUGGACAGCAUUAGAAAUAGAAAACUUGAUACCAUAGAGAUCAUCAAGCAGUGCGGUGGUCAUCUGGUCCAUGAGAGUCCCUUUGAUCUUGGUGUUCUCCUAUGCAGCUCAGCAGCAACGAAUGACGUCUUAGGAUUACAGGCAUACAACAUGGCUGGAGUGGAUAUGAUGUGUACAGACUACAGUGGAAAUACAGCAUUACAUGUGGGUGCAAUCAACAACCACCCUGAUGCAGUAGGGUACUUACUGGAAUCAAACGUAAUACCAGUCCAUAAACCCAACGGAGAAGGCUUUACUGCGGCGCAGUUAGCUGCCCAACAUGGACAUCACAAGACGGCUUCACUCAUCCAAGAAUUCACAGAUAGGAAUAAGAAGAGGAUAUCUAAUGGGAGUUUCAAGCUGAACGGAGAACCCAAUGGCUGAAUCAUCUGCAGUCUUUCAUCCUUUGAACAAGAAUUUAGCUCUAUAUAAAACUUAGCUGUGUUUCAAUGGAGAUCAGGUCUGUGGUGUGUUCAGCUGUUGAUGAGGGGAACUGAGCAUGCUCAGUAAACACUCGAUGUGAUCCGCAUGCUGUCAUAUGGAAGGGAUUAGGAAUUGGAAUAGUUUUUCGUCGGCUAUUAUUGAUUUGAAAAUAGUCUGAUCCCACCUCUAAUAAAACGGGUGCAUUGUAGUUCAUAUUCACCAUGUUGAAUGUGUGCUUUUAUUUGUGUAAUAUAUCCACCAUUCCUCUUCAUGAGUAAUACAUCACAAUACGUGUAAACCGAGAUAUAUGCAAUUCAUAUUUUUGUAAGCAUGGUACCAUUGUCUCUUUCAAUUUAAUGUUUGAACCAUUUUAGAGGAUUAACAGAUUCAACAGAUUAUAGAAGUAUUGUUGUUAUUGUUAUUUUUCACAACGGUUUUUAUGAUAUUGUUAAUGGCAAUGUCAAACAACAUGGCGGGCGGGGGGGGGGGGGGUUAAAGCUUGUAUGAGAAGUAGUGAUGACACCUCAUUGCUCCUGUGUCUUAUAAUUCCUAUCUAUCUUUAACGUUUAUUUAUAUAUCAGUAUUUUGCCUCUCACAAAGCGAUUCAGAGUUUUACAAUUAUACUACACUAUUUCAUCCAAUCAGUGUCAUGUUCAUUCUCAUUUUAAUAGAGCUAUCUUUCUUCAUUCUACAUCAUCAAUCUAUCAAUGCCAUCUUUGGUCUUCCUCUCCAUCUCAUACCAACUACUUCUAGAUGAGAGAUACAAUGAUUGUAAGUUUAUUGAUUUCCCAUACAUGUAUAUGAACACUUAAGCUCAGCGCACACAAUGUGAUGUGAUUGCACUAAGAUCCAAUUGGAACAAGUUGUCAAUCCCGUCUCGGUGAAAUCGCAUUGUAGGCCAGCACAUACAUUGGUUUUAGUUGUAAAAUAAAUUUGAUCUUUUAUGUUACAGGUCACAAGGGAGCGUUUCGUGAAGAGUCUUGAUAAUAGUUUUCACUGAUAAAUGUGAUAAGCUACUGAAAUCCUUACACCUGAUUGGCUGAGAGCAUGUUUGUUGAUGAAAAUUAGGAUUCAAAACUGUUUAUGAAAUGCUUCUCAGGUAUUAUUUAUGGUUUCAUCAUCCUUGGAUUCUAAACACAUAUGACCCAACCUAUCAUAUCAAUCCAUUUCUCUUACCACACCAUAUCUUUAUCAGAUAGUAAAUUUGGUUUUCAUGACCAAACCAGAAAUAUUCAGUUGGGAUGUUUUAUUUGUGAUGCCUUGUAUUCUUCACUUCUCAGUAAUUGAUGAUUGGUAUCCAUAUAUAUAAUGCACACAAGUCCAAAGUGACAAAUGUUUGUCAUAAUAUGUACUUCUUACAGAAUUUUCUUUCAGCUAUCAACUUUCUACAACCAAUGAAACACUGUUCUGAUAUACUGCAUAAACAUGCAUGGAACUAAGUGUGUAAGUGGAAAUGCAGUGUACACAAGAUUGCUUAAGAUGACUGUGUUGUUGUAUGCUGUAUACAUGUAUUUAUUUAUGUACAGUCUGACCUCUCUUAUACGGACACGUGGGACCAGCACCAAUUUGGAUAAGGGAUUUAUCCUGAUCUGGGAGACCCAAUAUUGAAUACAUGCAGCUUUCUCCCCAAUGGUAGCUACACGUAAUAUAUUGUAGUGGGUGUACACAGACAGUAUUUCACUGCUGUCAGUGCAAAUUAUAGGUGGCUUUUUUACGGAAAUGAAAUCAAUUGGGUGCCAAAUCUCUUGGAUAAUUUACCUGCUGAAUUAUUGAGGAAUACAUCAAGCAUACCUCAAAAGAAAGAGAAUGACUCAAUGAAACUAAGUUUGAAAAUUGGAUUAUCGCAGCUUCGCAAAGUCAGCCAUUGUUAUACUGACCGUAGGCUCAAACAUGAUAGAUGGCGCUGUCCGUUAUGCACAACGAGGCCUGAGCAAGACGUGUUGGUUUUUUUUUUCUGAAAUAAAAAUAAAAUUGCACUGUGCCCUGAUUUACUGGAAAAUUAUCCUGUCUAAGUUCUUUCAGUGAUUUGGGUAAGAUAUUUUCAGAAUAUUGGAAAAUGUAUUUAAUCAAAGUGAGUUUGCAUAGGAAUUUUGAUUUUAGAGUAAAAUCUCAUUUUCCCAUGUACUAGAUUGAAAAAAAAAAAUCUCUGUAAGUGUGCGUUCAGAUAAUAGAAAGAUCCGGAUAAGGGGAGGCCAGAUAAGAGAAUUCGGACUGUAUAUCUUUGAAUUGCAUGAAAUACUGCUGUUUGGCUGCUAUUUGCAGUGUUUGCAAUAAACUCUUUCAAUAAAUCAAAAUCCUUCAAUCAUAAGUGCCUUACUGUGCAUGAGCCAUUAGCAGGGUGCACAAUCUGAAGAAACCAAGCUUUCACUAUAUUCAUUUUCACACAUGACAGAGCAAGUGCAUUAUUUGUUUUAUAAUAUAGCAAUGUAGAAACACAAGUCUUUGAAGGUUUUACAAUAUUUUUUUUUACUCUUCUCUGUCACGAUUGCACUGGUCUGCCUAGAGCAUGCAAUGUCAAUAUUUGAUAUACACCGGUAGGCACUGCAGUGUGAUGCACAACAAAAAUUCAAAGGCAUAGGAUAUGUUUUUUGUUGCGAUGCUCGAUAGUAAUAUCCCUAUUUUAUAAUAUUUGAUUAGAAGAUGGGUAUUUGAAAGAAGGUUCUCUUUUCUUGCCUUUAUGCAAUAUAGAAACAUCACAACUUGUAAUUGAAAUAUUUUCAUGUUAUUGACAAUCUAUUUUUUUCUUAUCUAGCACACUACAUAUUUUUAUUUAGUAUUAUUCGUUAUGUAUUUACCAUGGACAAUCUUUUAAUAAUUUUUAAAAUCAUCUCAAUGUCUGUAUUUUAAGUGUGGGUUUUAUCAGAUUUUAACUGUAUAGAUAAAUGUAAUAUUCUCUUUUAUCUUUUAAAAGCAACCACAUCAUGAAGUAGAAAUACAUUAAAGCCAUAGUGCCUAUAACAUAAGCAGUUUGUGGUAAAUAUUAUAUUCAUAUUUAAAUUCCAAUACAGUAUUUAAUAGACAGGUCACGAUAACUGAAUAUUCCCUCUUGAGUAAAAAGAACAUCUUUGUACAGGACCCCCAUACUUAUAUUCAAAGCACCGAUUCUUGGCUGAAAAUUGUUUUUAAUAUAUUGCAUGUAAUUUCAAUUCAACUUCAAACUUGGCGCAUAUAUGUACAUGAUCGUAGUAGACUUUUGGGUCACUGGGUUAAAGGUCAGAGAGGUUAUAUUUUGAAAAUUGUCAAAGUUAGGUGUGUAGUAUACUGGUCUGGCAAUGACAGAGACAUAUAUUUUGGCAUUUUGUGUGCAGUCAAGAAUCCACCUAUUACAAAUUUGGUUUAUAUGUUAAUAAUUAUUGUUCAUCAAUGUUAUCAAAUAUACCAUACAAGAAUGUAUUCAGCAUAGCUUAGUAUGUUUUUAUUCAUGGUGGGUGCUAUCUUGUGUUUUAUUUUUUAAUUUAGAAUAAUUCUCAUCUUCCUUUAAGAUAAUGAACCUAUUGUGGAUCAGACACGCAAUCUUUUGUGAUGUAUGACAGGGUGUAAGAUCAUUAUUAGAUAAUUUUAUACUAAAAUUAACUUAAAACACCUACCUCUUGCAGUGUCGCUCUCAUCACUUUUUUAGAAACAAUAUUAUUACUUUUCUAUUUUCUUGCUGUGAAAACACUGAUGUAAAAAUGUUCACAUCCAUGCAUGCGUUAGGACAAAAGAGCAGUAAUGUUCAGAGUAUGGGGCACUUUUCAGUGAGUAAGCUUGAAAAAAAAAAAUUGACUCGGGGGGGGGGGGGGGGCUUAAUCCCUUUGUGAGCAUGACCUUUAAUUUAACUAUUUUAUGGUUCUCAUAAUAAUGCAGCUGAUAUGGGAUCUUGUUCAAAAGUUUCUCUCUUUGGAAGGAUUCUCAUUUAAAGUUUUACAGUUUAUGUAUAAAACAAUCAUGUUAGUUAUAAACCAAAAGAUACGUAAGUUGUGAGUAUUUCGAAUUUGGUCUUCAACUGUGUUGAUAAAUCAAGUUAAAUCAAAUGUUUUCCCCAGAGGUCAUCAAAUUUUAAAUUGAAUUUUAAGAAUAUGUGUCCAAUUCUAAACAGAAAGUUUGCAAUCAUUAUUGUAUUGAAUUGUGCUUGAAAUGUUAAAUAUCAAUUUGUAUGAGCAGUGAUUUUUAAAUUAAUAUCUGAAGGAUGUAUUUUUGUUGUUGUUGUUGAAAUUACCAUUGUAAUUUACAUUAGUCAUAUUGCGAGGCAUGAACCAAAGAGCUAUAGCUCUAUGCAUGAACAGUAAUUCCAUAUGUUUAAUCUGUGCCAUAACUUUAUAUCCUAUGGAUACAUUAUCCUACAAAAUAAUAUUCUGUCAUUGUAACAAUAUAUUGCUGAAGUAUGUGUAUACGAAUAUGUUACCUUGAAUAUUAUUUGGACAUUAAUAAAUGGCUGAUUUUAAUGGAUAAAACA